GCUGCGGUAACGAGUUCAAGCGUAGUGCCGCGGGGCGGAAGUGACGUCUAGCCUGGGGGCGGGACGAGCUGUUGUUGGGACACAUGACUUAGAGGCUGUCCUCCUGCAUUUGUUUUGACAAGCAAAGAGAGAGAGAGAGGGAGAACGUGAGCUUUGUCCCUGCUGAUCAUUUAAUCUCCGAGAUAUCGUUUAGACAGCUCGAACACUUAGGUUUGGGGUUUGUCAUCGCUAGGUUUUGGCAGUCGCUUCGUGUAGAUAGUUUGCUGAACUAGUUCAUUUAGUCCUUCCGUCUCCAGUGUUUUUAUGGGGAGGGUUUAUGAUCCAGAGGUCGAAAAGGGGGUUUAGAGCUAUGAGCCACUUCUUGUCGGCUGAAGUCAGACUCAUCACAGCCACGUAACAUUUCUCCAGGAGGAGAUGAUGUUGGGGGUUCUUUGGUAGUGUCUGAUCUGCCUGUCCGUAGGUUUGGUGAGGAUGAUCCAGGGGAUCCCGAUGCGUCUCAUGUGGCUUUAAUUUGAGCAGAUCAGUGGCACUUGAGAGACUGGAGUGUUGGCACUGGAGCUCGUUUGGAUUCGGCAAUGGGGCGACAGGCGGCGGAGGUUUGGGAUAUUUAGCUAGAUCGAGACGAGAGAUGCUCAUUGCAUGCUUAUUUAGGUAGAACGCUGGUGGUGUUUUGAUGGACUAGUUCAUCAGACCGCUGGACUUUAACAUACAGUCGCGUGUAGAUCUACGUUUGGUCUUACAGCUCUCAGAUCAUUAAUAUCCGAAUGGCUGUGUGCCAGAUCGAUAGCUAGCCGAUGUCUAAGGGACUAGUUUUAAAGUCUAAAGAAAGAUCUGAAGACAGAAGACGGACCGCAGGCAUCCUGGAGGGGAUCACGGUGUCUGUGACCAACAUGAAACCUGACAGAGAAGCAGCAGAGGAGUUCUUUGAGUAUGAUGCUGAGGACUUCCUGGUGUUCCUGACACUCCUGAUCACAGAAGGACGGACUCCGGAAUGUUCCGUAAAGGGGCGGACAGAGGGUGUUCACUGUCCACCUGCCCAGUCUGCUAUGCCUGUCCUUGCCAAACAUGAAUGCAGCGACAAAAUACCACAGGUGGUUUACAUAAGAAUGGAUUUAUUAACAAUCCCAUUUGCUGUAUUUUGCAGAAUAAGUGCAGCUGAUGAAGAACUGCUAUGGAACUUCUCACAAACACCCUCUGAACAUGCUUUCCCUGUCCCGAACGUGUCCCAUAGUGUCGCUCUCAAAGUGCGGGUUCAGUCUUUGCCUCGCCAGCCCAAAUACCCCAUACUCAAAUGUAGCAUUCACUCAGGUAUAGCUUCUUUGGGCAAGAGAAACCUGGAGCGUGGAGAGGGUAGGAACCAUCCUGGAGAGAAUCACCGUUCCCUCCGUAUGCCAGGAUCUCCACUCUUCUCCAGGCCUCUACGCCCUUCUCCACCUCCCCACAGCCCUCUUAACACCCGUAAAUGCCACCCUCGCCCUGAGUCCCCUCUCCCACCAGGCAAAGCCGUCAAGUGGCUGUACUCUCGGCUGAACGGCGGUGUGGACAUCCCCCCUACAGAGGCAUAUAACUUGUGUACUGAUGGGGCGGAGAGCCCAAAGACCUCAAGUGUGGAGUCACCAAUUCGUGGUUUUAAAUCACUCUCCAUUACUGACCCUUUAGUUACCCCCAGCCCAUGUCCCAGCUCCAUCUCAGGUGAAACCAACCCCCUCAUUGGCUCCCUGCUUCAGGAGAGACAGGAAGUCAUUGCUCGCAUUGCUCAGCGACUGAAUUUAUGCGACCCUACAGCUCCCCAUCUCCCUGAUGCUCUCUUCACUUCUCAAGAACCGCCAGGACACAAAACAACCAGGAACUCAUCGCAGGAUGAGGAGCGCUUGAAGAAAUACAAAGAGCCCCUCUUCCCAGUCCCCCAGCCUCAAAACCACAAUGGAACCAGUCCAGAAAUCCCUGAGAGGAGCCGGUCUUCUCUCUUUGACACCCCCUUGAGCCCUAGAAGCAGAACACGGCUGGACAGAGUCGACCGCGAAUCAAAAACUUCCCCAAAACUCUCGACUUGUAGGCGCCUGGUACUCAGUGACCAGUCUGCUGAGGGUUCUCUGAUUGCAGAUGCAGUUCAGGACAUCUCCAGGUUGAUUCAGGAGCGACUGCAACAUUCCUACAGUCUCCUGAAUGGCACCUAUAAAUUGAAGACCUCUCAAACCGAACAGGUUGAGACAAAUCACGGAGCGCAGACAAAUGGCUUUGUAUCAUCAAGCCAUGAGAAGUCUUCAAGGGCACCCAAUGGUGAGGCAAGCACAGAUCCUCGUAUUUCUCAAGCAACAAAAUGUUGCAGAUCUCCUGACUCUAAUCGCUGUAAGCGGGACUGUUCCCCUAGACCACAAAAUGUGGCCGGUUUAAAACUUGAAGACCACAGCGUCACAAAAUCACAGCCUUUAACGGCAACUAAUAAGCAACAGUAUGCCAGUAGAGAGUCCUGGACCUCCUUGAAUAGCUACUCUAGCCAUGCAAGCUCUCCUCAGGAGAAUGGCCUGACCCGAACUGGAUACCUCCAGCCCUUCAAGACCCAAGAGGCAAACCAUGAGAAAGGAGCAGAAAAGGAUGUCUGGAAUGAGUCCACUUGUCCUGAGAAGGAUGAGAACCAGGAGCCCUGGGCUUCUCCCUCGAGCACACUAGCCAACCUUACUUGCAACACCUCCAGUCCUGCCCAGAGCAAUCACACUAGACCCUCCCCAUUGAAGUCAUGCAGUAACUGGAAAAAACAGAAUCGCCACUCCAUAGACGGAACUGCAACAAAAGCCUUCCACCCCUGCACAGGCCUACCUCUCCUCUCCAGCCCGGUUCCUCAAAGAAAAAGCCAGACAGGAUAUUUUCAUUUAGACACGUCUCUGAUUCAUUGCAGAGGACUGCCAUGGGCUGCCAAUAAGAGGGUUUUGAAAAGAUCACAAGACUUUGAUGAGUCUCAGCAUCAGAUCCUUAGUGCCAGCGCUCCACCUGCCAACCUCAGCCUUUUGGGAAACUUUGAGGAGUGUGUUCUGAAUUAUCGUUUGGAGCCGUUGGGCACAAUCGAGGGUUUCACAGCAGAGGUUGGCGCCAGCGGAACUUUCUGCCCCAGUCACAUGACCUUACCUGUUGACGUGUCAUUCUACAGCGUCUCUGAUGAUAACGCACCUUCCCCCUACAUGGGUGUCAUAAACUUGGAGUCUCUCGGUAAGAGGGGAUAUCGAGUACCUCCUUCAGGAACCAUUCAAGUGACCUUAUUUAACCCCAGUAAGACAGUGGUGAAGAUGUUUGUGGUGAUGUAUGAUAAAAAAAAGCCCCCCGCCACUCAUCAGACAUUCCUGCGGCAGAGAACCUUCUCAGUCCCAGUCAAACGCGAGUUCAAUGGACAUAACAACAAAAAGCCAUCCCAACUGAGUCAAGGACGAAGCCUCCGCUACCUCGUCCAUCUGAGGUUCCAGAGCUCCAAAUCUGGAAAGAUCUACCUCCAUCGGGACAUCCGGCUCCUUUUCUCCCGUAAAUCCAUGGAAGUGGACAGUGGUGCUGCCUAUGAGCUCAAGUCAUUCACAGAGUCACCUGCCGACCCCCCUUUCUCUCCCAGAUGCUAAUUUAAUCUAGUCUAGUCAAGUCUGUUCUGAUUUUAAUCCAGCACAGGGGCCUUACUAAAUCCUAAUCUGUCAUCUGUUUGUAUGGGAAUUAAAAAAAAGAGAAGCCCACUAAAAGCGCACAUACAUAUGCACAGAAGGACAGUUCACAUUAAUGCCACCUUUCCUUAAAUACACACAAAUGAAUCUUCAGUGCUUCAACAUUAUUAGGUUUAAAACAACAGAUGGUUGGGAGUUUUCAUUUAGACUUCUUUCCAAACGUUCGGCAUGGCGUGAACAGAUAUGAUGCAGCAAAAAAUGAAAUCAACGGACCAUUUUUUAAAAACAAAAGUCAAGUAACUGAAUAACUGCAAGGAUGUUUGAAGAGCACUGUUUUUUCACCACAACUGGAAGAAAAUGAGAUUUGUUCAAUGACUUUUUUCUUUGUACUGUUACCAAACCACUUUAAUCGGAAGUGUUGCAAUAGAAAAACAAAUAUCUUACUAGCUUAGUGUUUACAUAUUUACUUUUUUUUUUGUCAUCAGUUAUUUAAUAUUUAAAUUGAACUUUCAUUUACUGCACAUGUGGUGCCUGUUGUGCAAAACAUUAUGAUGUAGUGCAAGAUAUGUUUCAAUCAUACCAUGUAUUUUUGUCUUUCAGAUCUUAAAUAAAAGAAUUAUAUAUUAUAUCUAUAAAAUUACCUUUAAACAUGCA